AUGGCGGACCAAAAGGUUAUUUAUUCAGCCGCCGUGCCUCAUGUCAUGAAUGCCAUUAAGGAUCUGCAUCAGGCGGUGAUCGACAACAAUUUGGAUACGAUGCAGGCGCAACUGGAGCCUCCCGUGCCCGCUGCCUUGGUGACCUGCAAGGACGGCAAUGGACUGAAUGGCAUCCUGGAGUAUCUGGUCGGUCUCUGGCCGGAGGGCGCCCACGAGAUGGACAUCACCGGCAAGACGCCGCUCCAUUGGGCAGCCAGUGCCAAAAACAAUAUGCGCUGCUAUACCCUGCUCACCCAGGCGGGUUGUGACGAGGAGGCCCUCGACUAUAAAAUGAAGUCAGCCUCGUACUACCGCCACAAGCCGCACGAAAUCGAGCGGGCUUUCCUCGUCUAUGUCCCGGAGGCACCGCGCGUCUCCCCCGAGAUCAUCACUGACUGGAAUGCCUUGAGCAAUGAGAGUGGUGAGAAUAGUGCCGGAGGCGAUGCGGGCAGCAAGAAAUUGGACAUUAAAAUGACACCGGCUGUGAAUGGACGUAAAUCGCUGGACGACAGCAUCGAGAAAACUUCGGAGCUGGACACAAACGAUGGGUGAGUGGGUGGUGAAGCAUCUAAGGGCAGACAGAGACAGGGAUUAGGCUAAGUUUUGGCUGCGCUGGAUUCAGUUUUUGUUUGAUUUUUGUGCGUUCUUUGUGGGGCAUUGCUUUGAGAGAAGA